AUGGACGUCCUCGACGCCAGCUACGACAGCGUGGACGAAGUGGACGAGGACGCGGAACUCGAACUGUCGUGUGCGCUUCAAGACUUGACCACGCGGUGCAAGUCGUUUUCGGCUAAAAUGACCGAUGAAAUCCCAGAAAUCGACGACGGCGAAGUGAGCGAAGACGAGGACCUGGCCGCCGAUGCCAAGGCGCGCCCGUCGUCGCACCAACUGCGAUACUGCGCAGACAAGCACACUAUCGACGAUGACGACUAUUACAACCAAACCCACGACGAACUCACGACCAUUCAGUGCAAUAUCAAGCAACUUCUAGAGAAACUCGAAGAUGCCGCCGCGACACCAACGCCGUCGACUUCCGUGCCAUCCCUUGGCCGCCGCCAGGACUGUGACGACAACCACGAAGGUAUGGACGAGAAAGCCACCCCGCCGCCGAACAGACGACAAUCGAUGACGACCAACCAACGACAGGAAAAGUAA